AUGAUGUCGUACGCAGAAGGUCAUGCAGCGUACAUGGCCGAACUCGCAGCCAUCAUCGAGACGGACCGUGCGCACGAAAGAAAAAUUGUGGCUAUCGGCGAGUGCGGACUCGAUUAUGAUCGACUUCAUUUUGCGCAGGCAGGCGUACAAGAGAAAGCGUUUGAUAUGCAGCUUACUUUGGCAGAAAAAGUGCAACUGCCAUUGUUUUUGCAUUCUCGCGCAGCGCAUCAAGACUUUGUGCGGAUUUUGCGCCCACACCUUGAAAUGCUGCGCCGUGCAUUUCAUCUGACGACUCCGCCUUCACUGGAAGAGGAGGGAAGUGUUGGUGUGGUGCACAGUUUUACCGGAACAAAGGAGGAGCUCGACGAGCUUCUCUCUCUAGGACUCUAUAUUGGCGUUAAUGGAUGCUCGCUUAAGACGCAGGAAAAUUUAGACGUUGUGCGACACAUUCCCUUGCAUCGGAUCAUGCUGGAAACAGAUGCGCCCUGGUGUGAAAUUCGUGCUACGCACGCAUGCGCUCCUUUGUUGGACAAAUUCAAAAAAGCAGAGCCAGCCUUAGCCGCACUCUACUCUCCCUCGCGCGUCAAAGCGGAGCGCUGGACUCAAACAUCCGCUGUGAAAGCGAGGAAUGAGCCGUGUGCCAUCGGUCAAGUCGCCGCCGUCGUUGCACAGCUUAAAGACGUCCACCUGCAAGAUGUCGCCACGUGUGCUCUCCACAAUACGCAGCGGCUCUUGGGUGUAGCGCCGUAG